AUGAGGCGCUCAACACGUCUGGUAAGGCAGUCGAGUGAAACAUUCUCAUCUCGUUCUCCCGUGAAAUCGGAAAGCCCUGAGGAGCCUACACAGUCGAUACCGAAAAUACGGAAAAAGGGAAUCACCUCGGCGUCCAACAGUGACGCGUAUGAGAGCAGUACAGACCAGGAGAUCAAGCCUACGACGAAAAAGAGAAAAACAUCGCAUCCUGCCAAACGCAGCAAUGGAAAUGCAGCGGCCUUGAGUCACCUCUUUGCCGAUGGAUUGGUGUCACCCAAUAGCCCUCUGCCGUGUACCCUUCCACGGCGUCAACAUUCAUUAACGUACCAUCGGCCUUUGCUCCUAGAUCAAGCAACAGGUAGAGCUUCGCUCUUGACAUGGUUCGACUCCGUCACAGAGACGCGGGGCAUGCCCUGGCGCAAGCCAUGGAUCGACCCGGCCUCAGUCUCUUCUCCUGCAGAGCUGCGCUCAAUGCUGGAGCGACGCGCUUACGAGGUCUGGAUCAGCGAGAUUAUGCUUCAACAGACAAGGGUUGCUGUUGUUAUUGACUACUGGAACCGCUGGAUGGCAAAGUGGCCCACGAUACACGAGCUGGCUGCAGCCGACCCGGAAGAUGUACUGGCCAUGUGGCGUGGCCUUGGGUAUUAUAGUCGAGCAACGCGGAUACACGAGGCUGCCAAGCUGGUCUGUGGCGAUCCGAGCCUCCAAGGUCUCCUUCCGCAAGACGUCGUUGAGCUCGAGCGUAAGGUUCCCGGGGUCGGCAGAUACACAGCAGGCGCCAUCUCGGCGAUCGUAUUCGGCCGGGCUGCACCCAUGGUCGACGGCAAUGUCUUGAGGGUUUUGAGUCGGCAACUAGGUGUGCUUGGAGACGUGAAGGCGGAUAAGAAAGUCAUUGAUGCUUUAUGGGCUGCUGCUGAUGCCCUAGUCAAAGCUGUGGCAAAAGAUGUCGGCGAGUCUGACGAGGGAGGAGAUUUCCAGGAGAGCAAUCGCCCAGGUCGUUGGGGCCAGGCUCUAAUGGAGCUGGGCAGUACGGUCUGCACCCCAAAGCCGAACUGCGGCACCUGCCCGAUCACGGCGACUUGCCGGGCUUAUGCGGAAGGUUUGGAGUUUUCCAGUAAGAAGGGAAUGCCUACGGAAGACAGCAGCAUCGUCGAUAUCGAAGAUUCGUGCUCUCUUUGCAAAUCUUACGAAGAGCACGCAGUUCAAGACGAGGAGGACGAGAAGAUAGUUGCCAAACUAUCAUCCAAGAAAUCAUCUGCGGGCGGCAACAAGAAGCAAGCCUCUCUGCAGUCAUUCUUCUUCGCGCAGUCUCAGUCGAAGAAGCCUAACAAGAAAGCGACUUCGUCAUCCGAACCCGACGCCACAGUUCUUGAGGUCAUCGUGAACCACGCUCGCAAGUUUCCGGUCAAGGUCAUUAAGAAGGCAGUGCGUGAAGAAGAGACCAUCGUCUGUGCAAUCCGCCGAAAGGGGGACAGUCAGUUUUUGAUCCAGAGGCGUCCUGAAAAGGGGCUCUUGGCAGGUCUAUGGGAGUUUCCUUCCUACAUCUUGCCAGAUACAAACGACUCGACGGCCAAGGCCCGCAAGGGAGAAGCUGCAAAAUUCGUGAAGGGCUUGCUAGAGAGCGAAAAGGGUCUGAAGCACGUUGGAGAGCUGGGCAGUGUGCCAUGGCUCUUCUCUCACCUGCGCCUCACAACGCAUGUUCACCUUUUUGAGCUGGAUGAUCGAGGGAAUUCGGGCGCGCCGAGCAAUGGAGCAAUGGGCCGAAAAAGUCGGUGGAGUGGCGAUGUGGAUGCGGAGUCUAUGGGCACGGGUAUGAGGAAGUGUUGGACUUUGGUCAAGGAGAGCACUGAGUAG